AGUUAUAUUUUACCUUUAUUCAAUCGCUGUUAGAAAUAUGAUUACAUGGCCAAAAAAUUUAAUACUAGAUGGUGGUUUAACAACAACCCUUUCGUCUUAUGGUAUCACAGAUGCCGAAAGUAAUCCGCUGUUUGGUGCACAUUUAAUAGAAACAAAUCCUGAUGCCAUUUACCGACUUCAUUUAGACUUUUUAGAAGCUGGUUCAAAUAUUAUUGAAACAGCCACUUAUCAAGGCAGUAUUAAAGGCUUUAAACAGCAUUUAAACGUCAGUGAUCGAAGAGCUGAAGAACUACUUAGAGAAGGCGUAAAUUUAGCACAGAGAGCGAAACGAGACUUUUGGUCAGGCAUUGAUGACAAAGCGGCAAAGUUCGAACCGAAAAUUGCAGGUUCUUUGGGGCCUUAUGGAGCCCAUCUGCUUGAUGGUUCUGAAUAUACGGGCGAUUAUGUUCAUAAAAUAACUGAUAGUCAGUUAAAAGAUUGGCACCGGAAACAAAUUACCCAGUUGGUAGCCGCAAACGUUGACAUUCUAGGCUUCGACACGUUUCCCUCUUUAAAAGAAGCAUUGUGUGUCGCUACUCUUUUGAAUAGUGAAUUUAAAGACGUAUCAGCUUGGAUCUCGUUCUCUUCUAAGGAUGAAAUAAACAUUGCCGAUGGAAACUCUUUUAAGACAUGCGUUCAAGAAUUAUUACCAUUCAAAAAUAUAGUUGGCUUCGGUGUAAAUUGCUGUUCUCCACGAAUCGUUGAACCUUUAAUGAAGAGUGUUAUUGAUAUCGUACCCAAAGACCGUUAUUUAUUAGCUUAUCCUAACAGCGGUGAAGAAUGGCUGGCCAAAGAUUGCCGUUGGGGAAGUGGCGAGGAGAAGGAAACGCCCAUACAUACGUUCAUAAAAGGGUGGAAAUCGUUAGGCGUAAACUGGAUUGGAGGUUGCUGUCGUGUCAACCCGAGGGAUAUACGUUUAAUUCAUAGAGAAAUGAGUUCGUAA